GGGGCGAAACUUUUGAAGGACACCAUUGUAACCCUCUGUCGAACUAUCCGUCCAACCGACCAACCAACCAUCCAACUAGAGGAUCCGAGAAGCAAAUACGCGUGCGGUGUGGCAGAUUUUGAGAGCUCAACGCGUCUUGCUUCAUGAGUUCAGUCCGUUUUUUUUAAUCCACCAUCCGACGUGAGUGACUGAGGCAAGUGAAAAUAUAAAAGUCUAAUUUGUAACUAGUGACACGCAAAAUGGAGUGAAGUUAUUUUAUCAUUUUCCAAGAGCUCUUCAAACCCCAGAGAGCUCCGGAUGAUCCAGAGAAAUGGGCAAUCUACGUGUUCCUCUCUUCAGCGCCUCUGAGUGGUGGUCAAAAUAAAGCAGAUGAUCAUGAGACAGCUGAGUGUGUGUCAGUGGGUGCUGAUCUCCACUAAAGUGUAUUUAUUGAUGAGUACCAACUUCUUGGGGAUCUUUGCACAUGGUGUUCCAUCUCAAUACUGGAUCCACCGCCGCAGUUCCCAACCUUUCAAUCAAAAUUCACAAGAAGACCUUCAAGCAUCUUCAUCACACGUGAACAAUGCAAAAGUCAAUAUCUACAAAGAGGAUGUCCCAUCCCACCAAAUUCAUUCAGUUUCUGCACAAAGUGAAACAGCUCUUCAAAACUCCGGUGCAAUCAGGUCAAGUGGGAAUGCCGACCAACUGACUGGGGAAGCAACGGUCAAACUAAAGCUCUUUCAACCCAUCAACGUGGCCGGAGACCAGGAUGUCCUGGACUUGUCCUCAAUCGGACCCAACUCCCACCCACCAAUGGAAUCCAUGCCCUCAGCCAUGAUGGACCCAUUGCAAGUCCUCCGUCACAACCUGGAUAAGGUUGAUAUGUACGGAGACUAUGACUACAUUGACCCCAGUCAAUAUCCGAAGAGAGUGGAGUUCCACCGGCCCCUGAGACACCAUCCCUAUCACAAACCCUCGACUCACCCACGUGGACGGAUCCGGAACGGACCCCCAGCUCAUACCCCUGCGCUACCUCGGCGAAGGGCAGAUCUCCGCUUCCCGGGAGAAAACCCCUAUAACUCCCCCGUGCGGAGAUACCAGAGGUUUCGACCUCCCCAGGUCCAUCACCAUAGGCCCCCAUUUAUACGGCAUCCGUAUCGUCCGAGGCCAUUGGCACCACCGCGGCGUCAAGUGAUGGUCCAAUCGGGCUUGGCACAACCCCUUCGACCUCACGCCACAAGUGGUCCCCCCUUCUCUAUCCCUACGUCACCCUUUGGAUUGGCCAACUCCUUGUUGAGUUUCGUGAAAGGAGAGGGGAUUGGGGGUCAAUUUGCACCAGGGCCUACUGCGCCAGCUCCAUUGCCGGAAGAUGCGGACUACUUUGCAGACGUUGAGAAUGACGUCUAUUCACCCUACUAUCGUCCUCCAACCCUUAUGUCCCGGGUGAUCCGAUGGUUUGACGAUUUCAAACCUCCACCAGGUCUGCUUAAUCCAAAGCUGAAAAGUGCCGGACCUCCACGGCGUCAAAACAACGUUGUGAACGCACCCUUGGACUAUUCUCAAUAUGACACUGGAGAUGAUGAGAACUUAGUGUUCUUCCAGAAUGACGGCGGCGGUGACGCCGUUGCUGCUAAUCAAGCCAUCACUUAUGACUUCUCGGAUGUUAUUGAGAGUCUCAAGAGGAAUGAGUCUGAAAAAGAAGUUCUGAAGAAACUGUUUGGCGCUGCCAGCGCUUUCACGGAGCGGUCAGCCUCUAGUCCCAGUUACAUGUUCUGGACCGUUCCGACCACCUUGUUGGCAAUUUUUGGGGCGUUCUAUUUUUUCAGUGCCAUAGCCAUAAUUGGCUAUCAAUCUACCUUGGGAGAUGGCAAUGGUAAUAUCCUGCCCACGAUCAUAGCUUUGGCUAUUCCAGCCAUCUUGGCAUUCCUUUUCGUGAUAUCCCGUGAGACUAUUUCUGGGCUCAUAGACGUGCAAAGGGUCAUGCGAGGGGAUAUGAGCAAUUCAAUGCGCUCGGAUUUUGAUGGUGUGGACGUCGUUAUGGAUGCAGCCUUUGGAUCAGCCUCAAUCCUUGGCGUCGCCUGGCUAGCUUCCAUUAUUGUCUAGGGUCAUUCCAAAAAGAUUUUUUCACGUUAUCAAAUCUUGAAAUGGAACAUCCAAAUUUACUUUGACUAGGUUUCGAGAGGUAUUGAGUAUAAUCUCGAAACUUGUCUAUUUAUCAGAACACUUCAGCCGUUCAAUCUUGAAACCUAGUUUAUUUUUGUCCCAUUAGUCAGGGUUUCUUUUAAGUCAUGAGCAAGAUAUGUUUUGUCACUAAUGCCUAGAAUCUUGUUAAACGGAGCAAAACCUGACCAGGUACAGUGAAAUGCACUAGUUUGUCGAAUGGAUGACCGACUGACUACAAAAGGGUACAUGAUUUUCUUAAACUCAAGGAUUAUCAGCAUCUUUGUUUAUUCCAGAAAUGACUAUCCCCCAAAAUUUGAUGGAUUCUUUUGUCAUUUGCGAUUAACCUUUGUUUUUGGAUUAAUCGCUCAGUGUAUGUUCCCAUGGAAUUAUCAGUUACGAAAUACAAGCACGUCUAUUGUCUUCACUGG